CCGGGCGCGAGUAUUCUUCCUGUACUGCAUGUGUUCUAAUUUUCUGAAUACUGAUUGCCCUUUUCGAACUCAAAAUGUGUGUGCUAAAUUCAUGUUCAUACAGUUCAGUUCGGUAAAGUUUAAUUUUGUAAGUUCAUGAAAUGAAAACUGAGGAGAUGUGUGCUCUACCUGCAUCGCCAGAGGAGCUGUUAAUCUCAAUCCGCAGCUUUGUCAAAGGAACCCAUGCCCGGUCUGGUCACAAACUAUCCAGCGAGGAACACGCCCGUUGUGCUCUACAUUUACUGCGUACAUUACCCGCUGCACGGACUGCUGUACUUGAACAUCUAUGCCAUGUGUUUGACGAGAGUGUUAACUCAUACCUGUUUGAGUUGGAAGGAGAAGCCAGCACCGGUCUUAACUUGGAUGGUGUUAUUCAAGACAUCAAUGAAGUGCUGUCAAAUUUUAUCGACACAAACGCAGAGGCUUGGGCGCCGUUUAUCUCAGCGUGGUCAAUUGACCUUUUGGGUCAGAUCAGUAGCACCUAUGCUGGCCGUAGAGGAGUUCCACACCCCUCCAGUCUCAAUGAACUGCUCCAGUUAUGGAUGACAUGCAAAGCAACAAGAACGUUGAUGGACGUGGCAUCUCAGUGCUUUGCAGCGAUGGUUGGGACAUGUCCAGACCUUUGUGUAGAUGCUUUGUUAGAUACAUCUGUACAACACUCGCCACACUUUGACUGGGUUGUGGCACACAUUGGGUCAUGUUUCCCAAACACCAUCAUAACACGUGUCCUCUCCUGCGGCCUGAAGGACUUCUGCAACAGCCAAUCACAAGGCUUGGUGGCCUCGGAUAAGAAGGUUCCCAAGAUGGCCUCCGUGGUAGGGAUUCUGGGUCACCUUGCGGCCCAACACUCACAAGACAUCAGAAAAGCUUUACUCCAAUUAUUUCAGGAGAGCCUGGAGAGUGAUGAGGAACAGCACCUGUUCACUGUACCAUUUCUUCUCCAGCUAGCCACCAUGUCACCGAUGCUACUCAGGGUUAUUACUACAGACUUUGUUCAGGCAUUGACACCAGAAGUCUUGAACCGUUUGUCGGAGCAAUUCUUCAAGUCCUCUGUCCUCCUUCAAGACAAAGACAGUCUCUUGACCCUGGUCAUCCAUCUCAUCUGUCGAUCGGGAAGCGGAGCCUUCAAGCUUCUUUGCUUCUUACUCGACCGAGCUUGCAAUGGCGGAGAGAGCACAGAGGUCAACGAGCAUGUGCAGAAUACUUGCGCAUUGAUACUGGAUCUCCUGGUGUUAGAUUUACAGCGGUCUGUGUACAGUCAGACGGGUAAUUUAUCCUUAGCUCAACAGACAGGUUCAACGAUGCAAGAGGCCACCCAGAUCCCUUUCCUAUCAGAGCUUCAGAAAUACACCAAUACACUGUGCGCUGGCAUCCUAACGGCAAAUGACUACAGGUUACCAUGGUUACAGAGACUCCUUGGUCUGAUUGGUGUCCACUGCGGAGAGAGUUGCUCCACCGAUAUUUUGACGUAUGUUCUCAUCCGACAAUCGUCAACCUCUAAGGUUGGCCUGUUCACAUCCCUGCAGGCCCAGAUUGAAGCGACCUUCCCAAACGUUCUUGUAAAGACAGUCAACAAGACGAUGAAUCAAUUACAGCGUAUCGAAGAACCAGAGACCUACCAGCUUCUAGUCAACAUCACACAUCUUGUCAAAUGGGAGACGGUUGGUGAAGGUCGCGACAUCGCGAGGUCAAAGUUCACCAAAGCAUUGACCCCUCAUCUGCAUUCGCUGUCGACCCAACUCCAUCAUUCGGAUUUACUUAUCGCAACGCAGACAAUGGAACUCUUGUAUCUGAUUGGUCGACCGGAGCCAGUUACCAUGGUAACUCUGGUCAGAGUUGCUCAGUCGGCGGCCGAGUUUUACUUUACUGCGAUGCUUAUCAAAUCAAACACUUUGAACAGACGGUACAUUCUGCGAAACUGUCAGAGCUACCUGUCUAUGUGGUGUCGCAUCCCAAUGGGUCAGCAGUUGAUAUUAAGGACACUGAUGGAGGGACUGACAAACAGGCAAAACUGUGCCCUGUUUGGAGGGAAGCCGUGCGUUGAUGGAGAAAUAAUUCCCCUGCGAGACAAACCGACAUCUCUACUCAGGGACAACCAGAAGUUUGCCAAUGCAUCCUUUACGUUACCCGCCAGUAAUUCAGCCGUGUUCCAUGCCGGAACGAUCGGUAGAGGGCUGAAACCUCAGGACGUCAGACCAAAAACAUCCAAGGAUGAGGUUCUUUGGAAUUGCCAGUUUUUCCUGAACACCAUCUACUCCUGUUGUGGCUUCCAAGACCAAUCAACAUUGAGACCCUCCCCUUCUCAGUCAUCAGUCACUUCCAAGAAGGUUGAAGACAAAGCUGCUAAGAUGCUUUCCACCAUGUUGGUGGAGCUAGCUUGCCCUGAUGUCACCCAUGUGGGUCUCACAUGGCCGGAGGAAGAACACAUGAAGGUGACUGUCGAAAGAGAUUUGUGCGUCAGGAGACGGUUUGAUGAGAAUCCAUUACUUUGGGACAUCUUAGAAAUGGUCAGCAGAGUACCCCCUGCAAUGUGUCAGUGCACAGUGAUCUUAUACAGUCUCCAAGCAACCUUGAUAUCAUUCUGGAUGAGUAGCCGUGAAGAGAAAGGCCGGAACGCACCAAGUCAACUCCAGGCAUCUUGCAGAUUGUUAGAAUGCUUAAACCAGUCUGGAUUCCUGCCUCCCCCGCUGUGUUACUGCAGUCUGCUCUUUCCUAGUCUGGCACCGAGUGAGAUCUACCUACUUCUGACAACUGUCUGGGCGUGUCUUAAGGAGAACCCACCAAGCGCCACUGCAGUGAAUAAGAAAGACGUCAACGGCAGAAACAGCAUGUCCUUUCCACCAGGCGUGAUAGAGAAGUACACUGAAGUGGUACAUGCCGUUGUACACAAGAACAUCAGUCAGUUCGGUGAGCUAUACAGCCAGUUAUUUCCAGCGAUGUUGUCGACCAUGGGGCAAAGUUUGACACCAGCCGUACAGAGCCUGACGCAGGCGGGUCAGGGGACGACAACAGGGGCAGCAGGCCAAGCUCCACAACCAGAACCAACCCAGGGCGUUGUAUCGUCGACCUGACACCCAUUAAGAACGCUAUGGAGAUGUGGACUGCAAUACCAGGCAUGGAAAGCUAAUAGUACUAACAAAAAGCACAGCACCACUAAUACAUAACCAUCAAUAGGCCUGGGCCCAAAUAAUAAAAAAAAGCUGUUAGGCAGAAAAUACUGCUUAGCAACUUUCUUUGCUAAGCAAAAAAUGAGUGGGGCACAAACAGUAUAAACUUAAUAGUAAGUUUCUGUGCUUACAGGCUUUAUGAAAUUGGGCCAUGGAGUUUCAUCUUUAAGAGGGCAAGGCCAUUUUCAUUUUGCGGAGGGCACUUCGAUUGGGAAAUCUUAAAGUCUAUAGGAAACUUAUAAAGUGGUACCAAGGCUAAGACUAUGGACAAAUUUGAAAGAGCUGGUAAAGUAGAGAAUGAUGCUUAACAAUGUUUUGCUAAGCAAAAACAAGCCGGGUACCAGUUACUUAUUGUAGUUGUGACAUAGUAUUUUAAAGCCAUUGGACCCUUUCGGUUCAGAAAAAAAAAAAAAAAUCACAGAUUUACAAAUAACUUACAGGGU